UUAAAUGGAGAACUCUAUUAUUUUUUUACUUUAGAACUUAAGAAUUUAAGGUUCUUAAUACAUUCCCAUAAUGACUUUCUUCUUCGGAACUGGAUUGAAUCACGUAGGAAAUGAUGUUGAUUAAUAUAAAAAAUAUACUAUUUAUAAGAUUUGUAUUUAUAAAGAUAUUUUUUGUAUUGAAGUUAUGGCAAAGUCGUAUUUUAUAUUUUUAGAAUAUCCUAUUCAUAUGAAAGAGAGUGAUAAAACUUUAGGCGUUGACGUUAAAUUUUCUAGAGAAAAUCAUACAAGUGUAAAUAAAAAUAAUGUUCAUAAUCCAUACAUGGAUAUUAAGGGCAGGUCUUCUCUUUCUUCACGAGAUAAUAAUAUGUAUAUAAAUUAUGAUUAUGUCUCAGAAGUGAAGAAUGAAGAAUAUUUUGAUCAUGUAUUAUCUUCGGCAUCGGCUUCUGAAUGUUCGUUAGUCGAUUCAUUGGCAACACCAUUUCUUAAAUAUUCAGAAUCAAAUAGUUUUUUCGUUGAUAUUAAUCAAAUUUUUAGACAAGGCGAACAUUUUUUUCCUUCAAAUAGUACGUUCAAUAUAGCGGAUACACUAGAUAUCCCAGGUGUGGUUAAUUUGGGUGAAGAUAUAUACAAUGAACGUUCUAAUAAUGAUUCUUAUGGUCCUAAUAAAAUUAUUGUGGGUGAUUCCAAUAAUUUGAAUGAUGUUUUAGAGAUCUCUUCAUUGGACAAUGCAUCUACUAUUGAAAAAAAUGAUUCUAUUCCUCCUAAUACUAGGAAAAAUGUUUGCUUUAAUUGUGGCGUAAAUGAAACUCCAUUAUGGCGAAGAAGUCCUGAUAAAAAGUAUUUAUUAUGUAAUGCAUGUGGGCUUUAUUUGAAGCAAUAUAAAUAUAUGCGGCCUUUAGGAUUUCAUCGUAAAAAAUCAUCUAGUUCACAAAGAUCAUCUAUUAAAUUAGUUUGUGUAAAUUGCGAAGUUACUGAAACAUCUUUAUGGAGGAAAAAUGAACUCGGGAAACCUAUUUGCAAUGCAUGCCGUCUUUAUGAGAAAAUACAUAACACACAACGGCCCGUCACUAUGCGAAAGGAACAAGUGAUCCGUCGUAGACGUUAUAAAAAUCUUUUUGAACAUAUUUGA